AUGUUAUGUGUGCACCAUGACAACGUUCGCCCGGAUAUCAUAACAUUGGGCAAGGCUUUGUCGGGUGGAAUGUACCCAGUGUCAGCCGUGUUAUGUGAUGACGAGAUUAUGUUGAUGAUAAAGCCAGGACAACAUGGCAGCACGUACGGAGGAAACCCAUUGGCUUGUAAAAUAGCCAUCGAAGCUUUAAAUGUAUGUCAAAAUCGACUGUUACUUGAUUAGAGUAAUUAGAAAACGUUUUUUAUGUCCAAUAGUUAAAUAUUGUAUUACUGUUUACGUUUUAAGAAGGUUUUUAAAUGUGUUUUUCAACCUAUAUUCUAAGCUUGACUUACUUUCAGAUAUUACAAGAAGAAAAGUUGUGCGAAAAUGCGGAGAAGAUGGGCCAACUUCUACGAGACGAGCUCAGCAAACUGCCAAAGGAUGUAGUAUCUGUAGUGCGUGGUAAAGGGCUUCUGAAUGCUAUCGUUAUCAACAAGAGUAAGUUUCACUAAAAUUUACGUUUGAAAUGGCUUGCAAUUGUAAAUAAGUGCCAGGCAUGGUAUAAUUUUGUUGAAAAUUGUUGUAUUGAUGUUGUGGUACAGAUUAAAUUGUUUUGUAGUUUACAAUCUAAAACGUGCUUUUUUGCCAUUUCUUAGAAUUAUAGGCUUUUCUACAAUGUUUUAUAAUGAUAAUGUUUGUUUUUCAGAAGUAGAUGCCUGGCAAGUUUGUUUGAAGCUGAAAGAGAACGGUUUGUUGGCCAAGAACACUCACGGUGACAUUAUCAGAUUUGCUCCACCUUUGUGUAUCAACGAGGAACAAGUACGUGAUGCUGUCAAUAUUAUCUCCGAAACCAUACAAUCGUUCCACAAAUAAACUUAGAUCUUUGAAACUUUGUAUCUUUGCCCAAUAAAUUAAGUAAAGCUGGCCUUAUUGGUACUUAACGCAUUGGGUUUUUGUAUUUUUAAUAUAUUUUUAAGGGUAAAUACGCCGUGAUGAUAAUUAUAUUGUGAUAAUGAACUUUUAGGUACGGGCUUCAUAA